GGCAACAAACGCGCCGCGAUCAUCGACAACGGCCAAAUAGGAAAGAAUCGCGUAUUCGCCAGCGGUCUAGUCUUCUGGUUAUGUCUGGAAAAAACUCAUUCGUUCAAGGCGCGGUUCCCGCAAUGCCCGCAGCUCGUCGACGACCUCAAUGCAGCGCGCAAGCGCGCAUACGUUCGGGGUCCGAAGCCCGACAGCUUCUCUGUCGCCAAGGGGCUCCACGGCGUCCACAAGAUUUUGACUUGCGAGGCGGCCGAGGGCGGGCAGACCUUGUACUACGAGACUUGGAAGGCGAUGAACAGCUGCGGCCUCGCGCGCGUCGGCAAUGCGGGCGGAGAAUUUGGCAUUGGCUUUGGAGUUGAUGCUGCAAAGAAAGAAGAGAUCUUCGAGGCCCUGCGCGCCGAGUUCGCCCCGGCGGCUGCAUAUUUCGGUGAACUGUAUGCUCGCAAGGCCAAUCGUAAGGAUUGCUCCUGCGUUCUCGAGAAGAACCAGACCGCAACGCUCGAAAUUAUACCGAUGGGGCGCACGAACCCUUACGGUUUGCAGAAGGUGUGGGACGUGGACGCGCAACGGUUCAAAUGGCUCGGAGGCGGCGUGGCGGGUCAAACGCCAGCAUAUCGGCGUGGAAAUCGAUAUUCAGCGUCGACAUCGCCGUCGACGCCGCUACGGCUCCGUUAGUGCUGUGACAGUUGUGUUGGCACGCAGGUAUGUGACCGUCAAAGCCGGGAAGGACGGCGGCCCUGGCUUCUACUACAACUGUUUUGUUCACCACGAGCACCCCUUCAACAAGUUACUGGUGGCCCUUGCAAACGAAGUGGGUCUCGAGAAAACCGGAUUUGCACACACGCACCAAAAAUGGCGCGAGAACAAGGGCGUCUUGCUGUUCAACGGCUACCCGUUAGGUUUGACUAUCAAGGAAGGCGACGAGGUCAUCCACAAAUUCAUCCGGACGCACGGCUGA